CGGGAGGCGGCCCAGAUGCAGCUGCUUCUCCAGGGCCGACAUGACAGCCGGGAACGCACCGGGAACACCGGGACCCCCGAGAGCGGCCCCCGCCCCGCCGCGCCGGAAGCGGCUCCGCCAACAGCGCCGCCGCGCGGCACCGAGCGCGCCCGCCCGCCCGCAGGGCACCCAGGGAAACGUAGUCCGGCCCCCGCCGCUGUGCCAGGCGGGACGCGGGGCAGCACGGGAGCUCACGGGAGCAGUAGUCCCCGCCGCCGCGGCGGUUGCCGGGCGGGAGGCGCGGGCGGGAUGCGGCGGAGGGGAGGUCCCGGCGACCCCGCCGCCGCUGCCGCCAGCCUGCCGCCGCUGGUGCGGGGCCCGGCGCGCUGCUGGCUGCGCUGCUCCGUGCCCCGCGUGCUGUGGGCCGGCCCGCAGCCCGCCGCCGUGGUGCGGCUGCGCUGGUGGGGCGAGAGCUCGGGCGGCACCGUGCUGCAGCCCGCCGGCCGGGCCGGGCAGCCCGCGGGCCGCACCUGCGCCCGCUUCGCCGUGCGCUGCGGGCCCCGGCAGCUCGCCGCGUACCUGGCAGAUAUGGGAGUUCUUGUCCUGGAGGUUCUAACCAAGCGUGAGCACCUGCCCCUUGGCAGGGCACAGAUCACGAAGCUGUCCCAGCUGUCCCCCAGCCACCCCAUCAAAGGCUCCUUUGCUGUGGUGUCACCAACAUCGGAGAAACUCGGAGAGCUGCAGGUGUCACUGGUUCUAGAGCCUCUGCCAGAGCUGUAUGGCCCCAGCACCUGUGUGCCAGCCACGCAAGGAGGGUCAGGUGUUGCUGCUGCCCAGGGAAGCAGCAAGUGCCAGCCUCCUGCUCCAUCCCAGCAGCCCAGGCACGCCCAGGGGACUGUUCAACAGGAGGAGUCUGUUGACAACAGCAAAGCCACAUCUCCUAGAGGAAAGGACCAUUUGCUGUACCAAGAGAACUCUGAAAACAUGAAGGACACGUUUCCUGCUCCUCAUCCCCAUGGGAUUUUGCCAGAUGAAGAUGUGAAAAUGAGCCCUGAGGGUCAGCCCCUGUCGUUCCCCACCAGUGCCGAUCCCAAGGCGCUUCCCAGGGGCGGCACAUGGGUGCUCUCUGCGCACAACCCAGCCACAAAGGACCUGCUCUCAGCUCUCCUGGAUCAGGGCAGUAAACUCCGUGAUGCCAUGGUUGUUUCUGCAAUGAAGUCCAGCCCAGACAUGGAGAUUGAACUGAAUAAAAUGUCUCAUUUUAUAGAGAGAGACAAUUUUGAAGCACCAGCAAAGAACCCAAAAGGCUUGAAGUCCAGUUUGGUGCCCACUCCUGGAGAUCCCCAUCACCUUGGAUCUGAAGUUUCAGAUCAGCAGUUUGACCUAAACUCUGAAGAAAGAGCAAUCCAGUUGCUCUUGGGCAGUGCUGAUUUCUCCCCGGGGCAGCUUUGGGACCAGACGGGCUCCCUGUGGGAUUCCCUGUCCCUCGGCAGCGAGGUGUACGACAGUGAGCUGGGGGAUCCCCACUACGACCAGAGUCUGCUGGAGAGGCUCUUCUACACAGCCCCUAAAUCUGAUUCCAGUUUGAGUGAUUUCCUCAGUGAUGAUGAUGUUAAAGCCUCAAAAAAAGCAUCCAAGGCAGACACUGCCAAAAAAGCAGCUCCAGUGAGUCCACAGAAGGAUUUUCAUGCCUUUGACCAGAAUGUGACAGAAACUAAACCCAGCUGCUCUCCCACUGCUCCUCCAGAAGACCACAGAGAAAUGUCUCUUCUCACAUCCUUGGGUGCAGACAGGUUGGCAUUGCUGCAGCGAGUACACCUGGCCAGAGUCACCAUAGAAAGCCUGAGAAUCCCUCCUGAGAGCAUCCAGACCUCCCCCAGGAGGAAAGGUUUGCUGGGGAAGCCUCCACGGCCCAUGUCUGUCCAUAAGUGCACCUUCUUUGUGGAGUACCACUUUCCUGUGAGGGUCUCCAAGGAUGGAAAGGGACAGGUCUCCAUAGCUACAGAAGCAAUUCGAGUAGCCUCAAGUAAAAUCACAGAUGAUGUGGUGAAGUUCCAGCAGCAGUCUGUGUUCCCUGUGUGGCUGGGGGAAAGGAUGAUGGAGCACUGGUGGGGCUCUGACCUGGCUUUUAAAAUCUACAUGAGAAAAAGCACACAGAAAAAGGCUGUGGCCAUUGGCUCAGCAGCGCUUCAGCUCCGCAGGGUGAUUGAGGCUGAGCAGCUCAGUGUCAGCUGGGACGUACCUGUGGAAAAAGAUGGAGAGCACACACAAGUUGGGCCCCUAAAGGUGUCCCUGCAGCUCGUGGCCAGCGCCGCUGCCAGGUCAGCCACAGCCGGGCACCCAGCCCCAGCUCCCCAGCUGAGAGGGGCCCAGCUGGGCCUGCAGGAGCCCAGCAGGAGGGGUGGAAGUGCAGGAAUCCCUCCCUGCUCCACCAGGAGCCCCGAGGAGUGCCGGGGGCCGGGAGCGGGCGGCAGGGACAUCGCGCAGCCGCUGUGCCCUGUGCCAGUCCGGGAUGAGGUGGCACACAUCCCCCCAGCUGAGGAGCAGGGCUUGCUGCUGCACGUGCUCCUGAUGGUGCCUGAUGGAAAGGACUUCAUGGCUGAAGGCUCUGGCCUCCCCAGUUCCUGCAAUGUGUAUCUGAACUGCAAACUGCUCAGCAGUGAGGAGGCAACGAGAUCCGCUGUCGUCUGGGGCACGAGACAGCCUGCCUUCAAUUUUUGUCAGGUGAUGCCUUUUUCAUUGACCUCCAAACGCUUGGAGCGGCUGAAGAACAAUGUCAUGAUCAUUGAAGCAUGGAACAAGCUGGGAAGCCCUGGCUCUGACAAAUUGCUGGGAUUAGUGAAACUCCCUCUGCAUCAGUUUUACAUCUCGUUCAAGGAUCCCCGGGUUUCCCAUCUGCUCCUGCAGGCUCAGUACCCGGUGGUGGCCGUGGAUGGCCUCGUGCCCGUGGUGGACGUUUUCACGGGCAGCACUCGCGGCAGCCUGAGGGUCACCCUGGCCAUGGGAUCAGCUGAGCAGAUCGUGGCCCUGCAGAGACUCAAAUCUGAGGAGGGAAUGGUGCCCCCAGUCGCACAACGUCCUCCUCACUCCCUGGACCAUCUGGCUACACAACCCACACUGCAGUUGGACCCAGGAGGGGAACACCUGAUGGAGCACGUGUUUGAGAUCCACGUGGAGAGUGUGAAGGGACUCACUCCCCUGCAGUCCACAGUCUGGGGAGAGGCUGACUGCUACAUCCAGUACUAUUUCCCUGUUCAGGAGGCUGGCUGUGGUGCACUGCAAGGACCUGGACUGCAUGAGGAUGGCAUCACAUUAAAGCCAUUUAGAACAGCUACCACCUUGUGUGUCCCUGAUCCCAUCUUUAAUGAUGAACAUCAUCAUUCCCUGUUGGUUCCUGCUGAUGUCCCAGUCCAGAGGCUCCUGGUCAGUGCAUUUAUGUCACCAGGAGCAGCAGGAGGCGGAAUCCAGUUUGAAGUCUGGUGCAGGUAUUAUUACCCAAAUGUCAGAGACCAGCUGGUUGCCAAAGGGGCCCUGCCUUUGUCACGGCUCUGUGCCAUGGUGACUCUGCAGCACCGCGAAGAAAUAGGGAUUCAAACUUUUAACCUUCCCUUGGUCCCCCGGAGUGAUUCCUCAGAGGAAUUUCAUCUGCAGUCUUCAGGUUUGCUGGAUGUGAGUGUGAGGUAUCAGCGAUCCCUGAAAACAGCAGAAAGAGAAACUGCUCAAGCUGUUUCUCUUUCUGUACAAAUACAUAGGGCAGCUGGUUUGCAGGCAGCAGCCAGGGCAGUGGCCCGGAGGAGCCCCUCAGUGCGGUGCCACGCAGGGACGGGGGUGAACGCCUACGUGUGCGCGCUGCCGUCCUUCCUGCCGCCGGCGCGGGCGCGCCGCACGCGGGCCGUGCCCUGCUCCUUCUGCCCCGAGUUCGGGCAGCGCCUGCGCUUCCUCUGCCAGCUCGUCACCCACAACAGCACCGGGGAAGCCUCUUCUCUGGGGGAGCUCUUGCAGUCUGGCAGUGUUUUUUUCUCCAUCUACCAUCAGAGCACCAAGUCAGCCACUGGCAAACUGGCUGACAGAACAUCCAGAGAUUAUCUUCUUGGGACAGUCACGAUCCCCACCAGAGACCUGCUGACAAGGAGAUCAGGUGUUUCAGGCUGGUUCCCAGUGACCCUCUCCGAGGCGCCGCUGUCCCCACAGUGCUCCAACGCCCUGCAGGCCGUUGUGGGAGGGCUGGAGCUCUCGGUGGCCUUUGCCCAGCAGGGUGACAGGGAGCGCGUCCUGGAGGCCGCCCGGCUCCUGGGCUGGAGCAGCGAGGAGCCGCACGGGGACGGCAGCGAGGACUGGGAGCAGAGCGCCGGCCCGGUGUCCGUGACCGUCUCCACGCCACGGCUGUGGCUGCCCCUGCACUGCGUGCUGCUGGCCGGGCAGGCUCACCUGCACGAGAGCACCCGCUGCUACCUCAGGUACAGACUGUACGACCAGGAGCCCACCUGCACGUGGCUGCGGCGGCCAGAACUGAGCGACGACAUGGAGAGCGUCACGGUGAGCUUCAGGAAACCCAGCAAGGUGACCCUCAGGAGGAGCCAGGGGCUGCUGUGGUUCUUCAGGGAGGAGAAGUUGGAAAUCCAGGUGUGGUGGGCCUAUGGUAAGGACAAUGAGGCGGAAAGACCCCUGGACACAGAUCGUCUCAUUGGAUCUGCCUACGUCGACCUGGCAGCGUUGGCAGAGGAAUCCAGGAGAACGCUGAGUGUCAGUGGUGUUUACCCCCUGUUCAGGUGCAAUGCUGCAGACCUGGCAGGAGCCGCCGUGCGCGUCCACGUCAGCGUCGCUCCCAGUGCCCCUGCCCUGCCCAGAGCUCCCUGUGCUGAGCAGGGCAGCAGCAGCAGCAGCAGCAGCGAAGGUGGAGGCACAGGGGACAGCCCUGCUCGGGGCCAGCAGCUCUCUGACAAACAGCAGGUGGAUGUUGAAGGUUCAGGGAUCACCAAUGGCCAGCCACAGGAAGAGGACAUGGUGUUUCUGGAAAACACAGUUGCUGUCAAUAUCCUUGUGGAGAGAGCAAUGCAUCUAAGUUUAAAAGGAAGUCCCCUGACAGAGCGUGAGGUGGCAGCCCCCAGCAGCUGCGUGUCCUUUGCUGUGGCUGGGGCAGAGGCUCCAGUCACCACGCCAGUGGUGGGAAAUACAGACUCACCAGUCUGGGACUUCCAGCAGCAGGCAAGAUUAUCCAAAGAGCUUCUCCUAGAUCCACAGCAAACCUUGGUCUUCAAAGUAUGGCAUAAAGCAGAGUCGGAGCGCGUGAUCGGGUUUGCGGCCGUGGAUCUCUCCCCGCUGCUCUCGGGCUUCCAGCUGGUGUGUGGCUGGUACAACAUCACCGACUUCAGCGGGCAGUGCCGGGGGCAGAUCAAGGUGGCCGUGUCCCCUCUGCAGAGCAUCAGCAGCCUGAGGGAGGAGCGGCAGGCCAGGGCCCGCGGCCAGCCGGAGAGCUCUGCCGUGAAGGUCAGCUUUCCAGCAUGUCCCAGUAAUUCUGCACACUUGUCCAAGCAGAUGUUGAACUCCUUGUCAAAGGAAGUCAGCGUUCCUGCUCGAGAGCACAGGAUGGGCCCCGCUGGCACACAGCCCCCCCGGCACGAGGAGCACAUGCAGAACGUGCGCCGCUUCCACGAGUCCCUGCAGCGGGCAGAGGGGAGCCCACGGAGAUUCCAGGGAUCCCUGCAGCAGGAGGACAGGAAUGGGAACGCGUGCCACACCACCCGGAGGGACACGGCACCGCUGGCCUCGCGCGCCGCGCUGCUCACCGCGCUCAGGAAGAACUUGAGUGAGCUGGAUGAGGUUCAGAGGUACUUCAGUGAGAAGCUGACCAGGUCUUUUCCCGACUUCAGCACCUCCAGACCAGGCCAUGAGGAGCGGGAGAGUGACCGUCAGGGCUCCAUGGGCAGAGAAGGGGAUCCCAAAGGCUGCCAUCUCUUGGAAAAAUCCAGUCAGUUGGUGUCCCAGGUCAGCAGCCUCAUCAAUGACUUGCAGACCAUAACUAAGAACAGCAAGGCAGCUUCUGGGGAGCACCAGGAGAGCAGCAGGAAGCGGGGUGCCUGGGCUGUGCCCGGCUGGCAGCAGGGAGGAGGCAGCCCUGCAGCUCCUGAGGGCCAGCUGGAGGUGCCAGCUGUGCCCAGCGUUCCCAGGGACACGCAGCAGCCGUGCCCUGCCGGCAGAGCCGUGUUUGGGAGACACAUGUUGCACCAGCUCCUCGGCCCCAUUGUCCCUGAGGAUGAGCAUCCUUUUGGCCAGGAAAACGAAGGUGCUUUUGCCACCCAGCCUCACAGUGAGGAGGAGUAUGAAGAAGAUGUAAUAGAACCACGAACUCUGAAUGAAAUUACCACCAUGACAGACAGGACGAGCCCCUGGUCCAGCAUCAUCUCCGAAACAGGGCAGGGGGCUGAGCUGCAGCCGCUGGAGCCCAGGCCAGAAGGGCAGCAUUCCAUAGAUGUGGGGUGUUUCCAGAGAGGGAACAGCAGCACCUUGUCCAGCAUGCUGCAAGGGGACAGCCAGGGCCUGCUCAGCACCCUGAGCCCACCCGUGAGCCCCAGUGUGGGUGGGAACAGCCCCUGGGGAGCUGCAGGAGACCUCCAGGGCUUCCACAGCAGCACAGGAGCAGCAGCAGGAGACCUCCAGAGAGGGAACAGCAGCACAGGAACAGCAGCAGGAGACCUCCAGAGCUUCCACAGCAGCACAGGAGCAGCAGCAGGAGACCUCCAGGGCUUCCACAGCAGCACAGGAACAGCAGCAGGAGACUUCCAGACCAUAAAGGAAAGUGUGGAGCUCCAUGCAGGCUCCAAGGAGCUGCUGCCAUCCCCAGCAGACAUGGGUUUGAGCAAUGAAAAAGGCACUGAGAGAGUGGAAGAGGAGGAUGCUGAGGCUGUAAAUGGGGAUCAUCGAGGCAAGGCAGGCAGUGGUUCUGAUGAGAACUGUGCUCAGAGUGUAUCAGCCCAAGCUGGCUCGGAAAGAAACAGUGAGAGCUUCCCUGAUGACAGCAGUGAGGACGCAGUGGAAGGCUCAGAAAACCCCAUCAAACAAAAAGUCACCUUAUCUGAUCCUGUGGUUGUUCCCAACUUCUUCCUUCCACCCCAGGAGAUGGAAGCCUCCAUGAGACUGCUCUGCACGUCUUCCCAUCCUUCCUCACCUCCAAAAGAGCGGAGCGGUGCCUGCAGGGAUUCCCUACCGGAGAGCGGCUCGGCCCAGGCCCAGCCCGCAGCUCUCGCAGGAGGAGGCCAAGAGGAUCGCCAGGAUCUUCUCUGCUCAGCUCUCCACGAAGGAAUAGUGCUGCCCAGAGACCCUGCACAGCACAGCUUCCUCACCAGGCACGGGCAAAGGCAGAGCCCCCCAGGGAAGGAGUGGAGGCCACAGCCUUCAGGCUCUGCUUUUAGUUUGCCUCAUUGGCUUGUUAAUUGGAGUCCCCUGUUUAGAAGGGCUUAAAGCCUGUGGCACCCACAGGGAGCUGUGUCCUGUAGGGGCAGGUCCCCAGUGAGACACACCCCUGUGGGUAACCCAUAACCUGUUAUCUGCUCUCCAACUAGUCCAGUUUUAGGAUUUAUUCCUGUCAAAUAGCCCUUUCAAAAAUAGUUGGUGGGCAGCACAAUUCUCUGUUUCCUCAGGUGCCCAAAGUGCUUGUGUGAACACAGACCGAGGGCACAUAAAAUCUGGUGGGUGUACAAAAGAGGGUGACUAGAAAGAUGAGACUUUUAUAUUUAUAUUUAAAUUAUUUUUGUACACCUUUCAGAGAACAGACUUUGAUGCCAGCAGAGCUCAGUUAUUUUUGUACUGCUCUCUCCAGUGUUUGUUUCAAUAAAAUUCCAGUUUUCUUGUCA